AUGAAGUCGACAGCGAACAACACACAUCAAGGUACUCAAGUUUUUAUUCCUUGCCUCACUAUUGGAAAUGUUGGUCAACUAUGUGCAGACUUACUAAUAAAUACUUUUUCACUCCCAGAGUCUUCACAUUUACAAGACGACGCACUCUUACCCUAUGUAGCCCCUCCGGUAUACGACCACAUUCAAACCCCAACAACAGCAAUGUCACUCUACUCAGAUGAAAAGUUGUCUGUUUUCCAAAUUCGGUCGACUGUUGUGCAGUCGCUUUUCAAAAACUUUUGUGAUGACUUGGCCAAUUAUGUUCAAAAAAUGGCGCCUUCACACGUCUUUUUGCUUCACUCAAACUCAAAGGGUAACUUAGGUGAAGUUUUUCUUUCACAAGAAACUGUUUUAGAGAAAUCACCGAUUGCAUCUUAUUUCUAUAAAAAGCUCUCCGAAAAGGGUUUGAAAGUCUCAAUUAUCAACUCGGUGUGUUAUGACGGAGAUACACGAAAUGAUGCGUUGAAAAUGUUCAAGACGGUUUUAGAGAUCCUCAAAGAGGAAGUUCCUUUGAAGGAAGUGAAGUCGUGGAACACCUCAACAUUGUGGGGAGAUCUUAAAGCGGAGACUCAAGCAGCAAUGUUCUAA